CUCGAUCUGUCAACAACGGAGCUUGUCUCGCAGGCUUCUAAAAACUUUUAAAGUAAUUUUCUGUGUUAAAAACAAGAAGGCUGAUAUUCACGACUGACUUAACUGAUAUCAAUUUGUAGAAGAAUAUUUCUAAGCAGUAGGUGAAAUAGCAAAGAUGGUCGUCUUAGAAUCUUGUUGGUCGCCCUGUAUUUGGUCAUCCAAUGUGAAGACUGGCAGCCGGGCGGUGGCGGUGUACACGGCUGCGAUGAGUGUGGUUCUGAUCACAUUCAUCAGUUACCAGUUAGCAGGCGGGGACUCUACACAACUGUGGAAUCCUCUGUUUGAAGCUGAUGUUCGGGGAUCUAUGAAAGUUUUUGGAGGCAUUUUCAUCUGCAUUCUGGGACUCCUGAUAAUAUCUUCAAUUUGGAUGGUAAUUGGUAUUAACAUUUGGAUGCGAGGUCUCAUACUGCCCUGGCUGAUCAUCAUGGGACUCAUCAUUUGCUUCCAAUUUAUCUUCGGCUUGUGGCUAAUAGGAGGCUACUACAUUUAUUUGGAUGCAACAUUUGCUGCCCUGGUUGAUUUCCUGUUCAUGGCUUACAAUAUCUACUGUUGGCUGUGUGUCCUGUCCCAGUAUCAAAUAAUUUUAGAAAUGCAAUCGCCUAAUAUAGAGAUGUUGGUUGAAGAAUAAUUCCAAGACAUUUUGGCACAAA